AUGAACCAAUACAAAUUUGAUUUAUUUUCAUCUCAUUUCUUUUUUAAAGUUAAUGGCAAAUCUAUAAAAUAAGGAACAUCUAUUGGAUCCUGUCUAUCCUUCCUAACUUUCUCCUUUUUUCUGAUCUAUUUAUUGUAUCUCUUGAUUCAGUAUUUCACUAAUUAAAUAGAUCCAACUUAUAGAGCACAAAAUUUCACUAACAAUGAUUCUGUGCAUUUAGAGUUAGAAAAUGAUUUAAUAUCAUUUAGAUACGAAUCUGACUAUAAUUUAAGUAUUGAUGUCUUGUAAGCUUAGACAAACAAAACUUACAUUGUAUACAAAGCUUAUUUUUUAUACACUAACUAAACUAAUUACGAAAUGAUUCCAAUUAAUAUUAUCAAAUGCAAUAAUCCUAGCUUGGAGGGAUUUUACUGCUUGGAUUAUUCUAUGCUUUCUAACUCUACUUUAGUUUAAAAUAACAUUGAAAAAAUUCAGUCGCAAAUUUAAAUAUUUGUUUAUGGGUGCCUUGAUAUAGAUUUCCAAAAAACAACUAUCCCAGAUAAUUGUGCAAGUUAAUAAGAGAUAGAUAAUCUAUUUAAUGCUAUUAAUUCUGCACUUAAAGUAUAAAUAAAAACUACUUAGUAUAAUGUCAAGUUAAAAUAAUUUUAAACAGCCUUCAGAUAUUCUCAACUUUUUACUUUAUCCAAUUAAUACUUAUAAGGAACACUAAAAGUUUAAUAACAAAAAACUACUGUCAAAUAAGGUCUAUUUUUUUAAUCUGAAACAAACAAAGCAUCUCCUCUCCAGUAUGAUUAUGAAGUAUAAACACUAGAUAGAAGUUCAGCGAUUUAGUUGAUGAAUCUAUCCUGCUAUUGUUAAUCUAGUAUUGUUAUAGAUUAAUUAUACUAACAGGUUUAUAUCCAAUAUCCAACAAUCCCUGCAAUUCUUGCAAUAGCAAAUAGUAUGCUUUCAAUUAUGUUGCUACUAGGAUUUAUUGGUAGACGUUUUUCCCUAAAAAUAAUUGAUUAAAAAUUUUUCAUGAUACUGUUCUAAAAUUUAUUUCAAUAAUCCUAUCUUUAAAUUCUCACCUAAAAUAAAUUAAUUGAAAAGUAUCAGGACUAAAUUUAAUAACCCAAUAAAUAAUAAUAAAGUCAACCUAUGCUAGACAAAACUAGUGAAUCAGAGGAAAGAAGUGGCUAGUUUGAAAAUGAGAGCGUCAUAGAUAAGUCAAAUAGUCUAUCUCCUUGUAUAUAUUUUAAACCAAUGAAAAUGUUGAAUGUGCAGAAUUAAAUAAGGAACAAAGAUGAAACCUUUCAAUCUAUUUUAAUGGAAAAUUAGGCUUAGCAAAAAGAUGAAAGAAUUUUAUCUUUUUAAAGUUAAAAAGAACCAGCUGCAGUUGAGAGCUGCAAUUAAUCUAAAGAGAUUCAUAAAAAGGAAAAUAAAUUUUAAGAGAAAUAAUUUAAAAACAAAAGUUGUUUUUAAAAGUAAGUGUUAGAAAAAAAUAAUAAUAUCAAAAAUAAUAAUUAGGAUAUACAUGUGUAAAAAAAGUAAAAUCCUUGCAAGAACUAAUAAAAUAAAACUUUGAUUUAAAAUAAAAAUUAAUAAUAAGAUAAUAACAAAUAUAAUUUGAUAAUAAAAUCUCUUUAAUGUAAUAAAAUUGAGUAACAACUCAAAAAAAUUCUAAAUUAAUCUAGCUGCUGUUCAAAAAACAAAGUAGAAGAUAAAUAAAAAAAAUUGAAUGAUUUACAGAAAUAAAAUAUUUAGGAUUUGUUAGAUAAAGAACUAGACAUUUAUCAUUUCUACUAAGAUAUUUUAUUUCUCAAAAAAGCAGUAAUGAUUCUCUUCAGCUAAGACUAGCUAGCAGCUUUACAAUUAGUAGGAUGUUCUUCUUAAUUUCUUGAGUAAGAUUUCAAGAAGCUUAAAAAAGGUUAACUUAAAACAUAAAAAAGUUUGAGUCAUUAUGAAGAGUAAUUUGCAAUUUAGUUAUCUGAUGAAUUAAAAUUACAAAAUACAAUAAAAUUUAUAAGGAAGUGUUAAGACAAUAAAAAUUUAACAAAUAUAGAUUUGAGAAUUCUUUAAUCAAUUUAAAACAGUAUAGAUUCAUGA